UGAUGACGUAUUAUUUGGCCUACAGGGGGUCCAUGCUGCAUCGACAACGAGCUUGUUUGCUGUCAUCCAAGUCUUAAAUAGAGCAAAAUAAACCGAGAUGCAGGAUCUGGAUAGAAUAGCAGCUUAAGCUGUCUUCAUUGAGGUGCCCUCAUGGUAGAAGACGGUGGGCCCUUCACCAGUAGUGCAAAGCCUGGCUACCUGCCAACAAAAAGCAAAUCUUAAUUGGGAAGUUUCAUGAAAUCUAGAAAAAAUAGCAAUCAAAAUUGAACAUUCUCAUACUUGCUGCUGCAAGGAAUGGAUGGUAUUGAUGAUGACAGUGGUUACCAUGAUCACUCCAGUACUACGAUGUUUCCAGGAAUAAAGAAGCGUAUCUUGGACGGUUACUAUGACAAUCUGGGGUUGACGGAACCUGAGGAUCUCUCGCUGUCGUGUGUCACAGGGCCAUGUGAGGAUGUGGAGACGGUCGAGGAAGAAAUUGUGGCAGAUGGUAGCCAUUUAGAUUCUUUGGAACACACAUCUUUGUCAAGUGCAGGUGUGACUUUUGAUGCUUCACGUCACCAUCAAGUAAUCAUCACCAACCCCAAUACCAUCAGAAAUAACUCUCACAGAGCCACUCCUACAGACCAAAGCGGACAAAAUAAUGAAGCUGGGUCAGAACUGUUAAUUCCUAUGACUGUUACAAUACAUGAACAAUGCCCCGUUAAUUGCCAAAGUGAUAAUCUCAACCCCCCUCCUGGUAGAGAAGGUUCUGAUGAGGGAAAUGGGCUGUGUGCAAAUGACGAUCAUGUGCUAAGCACGCCCACAGGUAUUAACGUUGUUAAUAGUAACAUAAAAACUGCAAGAAAUACUGUAACUUCAUCAGAAAGGGACCAGACUUUGAUAGUGACUACUGAAUCAGCUACAGGGGAGAAUUCUGUGAAAAUAAACUUGAUUCAGAGUUCAGCUGUAAUAGAAGGAUCGACAUCAGUGUUACCCAGCAUGCUUAGGACACAUCCAACAAUCUUACGUUCCCACUUGGGGAACAGAGCUGAAGAAACAAUCAUGCAUCUUCCAGGGGUGCAGUCCUCUCACAAUCCUAUGCAACCUGUGUGCCUGAAGCUGUUCUAUCCACCUCCCUCUGUGUUGCCAGACAGCAGGGCUAGCCUACAAGAAGAACCCCAUGAAUGCCGCUGGGCAGGGUGCAAGAAAAACGUAGACAGGUUGGACGAGUUAGUUAAUCAUGUUAAUGAUGAUCAUGUUAGAGCUGACAGGGAUACAGAUAAUGACUACAAGUGUCGAUGGGAAGGAUGCCCAAGGAAGGGAAAAGGCUUCAAUGCCAGGUACAAGAUGUUGAUCCAUGUCCGCACACACACAAAUGAAAAGCCACAUAAAUGCCACCUGUGUGGAAAGAGCUUUUCAAGAGUGGAGAAUCUCAAGAUUCAUAAUAGAUCUCAUACAGGUGAGAAGCCUUACAUAUGCCCAGUUGAAGGCUGCAACAAGGCGUAUUCCAACUCAAGUGACCGUUUCAAACAUGUGCGAACCCACCAGGAAGACAAACCAUACUAUUGUAAAUAUCCCAGCUGCAACAAACGUUACACUGACCCAAGCUCCCUGAGGAAGCACAUUAAAACAAACUCCCACUAUUUCCGAGGUGGAGACAUUGUUAACAAUCACCAUACUUCAAAUAUCCCCCCUCAUCACCCAAUGCCAAAAAUGAUGGAUAACCAUCAGUCCAUGUUACUGCCAACAGUGUUCCCCCAUCAUCCAGCAGCAGGUUUGCCUGUGAGUUAUGGGGGUGGAGGUGGAAAUGGGCUUCUGAAUCCCACCGCUUCUCUGCCUGCCCAUCAUGUUAUCUCCAUCCAAAGCAGUAUGUUACCUUUGUCCACCUUAGCGUCCAACCCAUUGCUCUCCUCGGCAGUCAUCGCUCUCUCGGGACCUGUCACUCAGUCAAUCUCCACUCAGACAGAUCGUAUGGUGUCCUCCACCGACAGCAACACAUCUGAAUCGCCUAAGAACCUGUCCACUGAUACAGAGAUGUUAGAUGAGGAUGUGGAUGAGACCAAGUGCCAGGACACUCCUUUGGAUCUGUCCACAAGCCCUAUUCUUGCUCAUGACAGUAACCAUGGUGACAGUAACCAUAGCGACCCAGUGGGGUCUGGGUACAGCUCCAAGUGGGAGUUGAUCAACACAGACUGAGAUCAACUUGAUUGUAAACACAUGAUUUAGAGAAAACAGUUAAGCAGAAUCUCCUUUCAGAUUAAUUGAAAUUGCUUCAAAUUUUAAGCCCCAUAAAGCCUGAAUUUGGGUUUUGAUGCAAAUUGUUUCAGGGGAAAACAAAACUGAUACUUGAACUGCUCUGAAUUGAGUUUGCUGUCACAACUUUUGUUUGGUCUACAUGUAGAAAACUAAGAAACUGUUUUUUUUUUCUAAUAAGAAAAGUUCCAGUUCAAGUUUGUCUGUGGUUUGUAAAGGUUAUGUAUUUAUAUUUUUCAUCCUUAGAAUUGUUUCCUUUGCACUGUAUCAUGAUAGAAGGUAGCAGUAACUUUCUAUCUUCGGAAUCGCAUAGAUCUGAUGAUUUUUUCAGCCAUAGGAUGCUGGAAAAUCACUUAAAAGGACCAGGAAUAAUUAUCAUGUGUAGGACAGAAGAGUUUCAAUUAAUUAAAGAUUCAGUUGAUAUUUUAAUGUGAAAACAGAAGCAUUAGUAUGCCAUAAUUGGAAAAGGAAUUCUUCAUCAAUUUUAAUUUAUGAUUUUGUGAUUGCUGUAAAGAUGUCAGUAUUUGCAUUUACCCAGUCACGUAUUGCUUAUAUUAAGUAGUUCUAUUCACAUAAUGCACAUGUCAUGUUGCAAAUAUAACCUGUUGUAAGCUGAA